GCAAUUUGUGCUUUGUAUUGUAUUUAUUUAUGAAAUUUAAAAUAUUCUAAUUAAAAAAUAAUAGCCGUCUUCCAGAAUACUAUUAUUGAUCGAGAAUGUUUCUAAAUUGCUGAUUCAAACAUUUGGGUCGAUGCGUUAUUCAUAAUGAAUAGUAAGAUAUUAAACACAAUCGCCAAUGCCAUUGACAGUAAAGAAGAAGUUAAGAAACGAAUUGAAAAUGGUAAAUUAGUACUGCAGGAGUUACUUACAUGCAUUCAAAAUUGCCAAAAUAGAUUUGGUGGAAAGUCAGAGUUGGCUACUGAAGACGACAUUCGAAUAGCUCAAUUAUGUGAAAAAUGGGAAAGAGUGCUAAGCCAUGGCAUUAGGACGAAUUUAUCUAAUUCAGCAAUACAUAACUUAGUGUCAGCUGGCUUAAACUUUACUUUCAAUAUAGUCAAUGUUGGGAAUUCACUCUGGAGCUACACAUGCUUGCAUGUUACUAAGCAUGAAAAAGAAAGGUUCAAAAUAUUAGCAAAUAUCAACACUCCUCUUGGAUAUUUUAGAGCAUUCCUUCGUGCAUCUUUAAAUGAGAGAUCUUUGGAAAGAUAUCUUCAAAGCUGGAUGUCGCAUGGCCUUUUAAUGGAAUACUAUGAAGAUGGCGCUCUAGUUCGCGACACGGAGGCAUCAAAUCUGCUUCCUAAUAUGGCUUCAGGCUUAUCUUCCAUUUUAUUCGCGUUAUCAAUUGACAGACCUGAAUUGAAUGAAUCACAGCAAACAAACCAGAUUAGCAGAGCGGAACAUGUCAUUCCAUUGCCGACACCAGUGAAGUCUAGUAAUAUGAAACGGAGACCCUUACGCCAAGUGAUAUCUUUCGAUAAAGCUGAACAACAAAAGAGCAAUCUCAAAGAAAAAAGAAAGUCCUUGGGCCCCAUUGACCAAGCCUCUGACACUUGGAAGAGUGCUCCAGCAACCUGUCUAAAUUCACCUGAUCCUAAAGAAAAUACCCAAAUUACUUGUAACAGUGAUCCAACGAGUUCCGAAUGUAAAACUGGUAUUAGACAUUUCUUCCCUGAUAGUGUUAAAGGCAUAGAUAGCCCCUCACAAAUCCUCUCUAAGCUAUCAGAAUGUGCUAAAGAGAUUUUUACCUCUUCAAACAGUAUUGAAACUAAUAACGCUAUGAAAGACGACCUAUCAGAACUAAGCAUAAACAAUUUGAAAAUAUCAGAAAGUGACAGUGAAGAAGUUGCUGGUAGCAUAGAUGGCAGCACUUCUUGCUUGGAGCUAUGCUUCACUGAAGAUGAGAGUGUACCUGAGGAUAAAACUUUGAGUUCAGUUCUAGAAUAUAAGGAAAAGGAAUGUCUCAAUUUACAAAUGAAGUGCAGUCAAUUAGAGGUAGCAAGUAGGGAAAAAAUACAAAAGUUGGAGAAAGUAGUUUUAGAUUUGAGCAAGGAAAAUGAUCGAUUAAAAGAUCAGUUAAGGAAUUACAUGUCAGCUGUAGAAAUGGGAAAAGCUUUAAAAAGUGGGAGUGGUGACAGUGAAGAAGUGAGUCUGUAUGAGAGAAAACUUGUUCAGGUGGCAGAAAUGCACGCUGAACUCAUGGAAUUCAAUCAGCACUUGCAGCGUCGAUUGCAAGAGCUGGAGAGCACCGCUAUGGAAGUACUGGACUACCCCGAGUCGAACGUUAAAGCUCACAUUCCUACUGCAUUUUUAGUUGGCAAGAAAACACAUUCCUAUCAUGUUUACCAGAUAUUUCUCAAAGUGGGUCAAGAAGAGUGGAAUGUAUACCACAGAUACGCGAAGUUUCACGAGCUUCACACUCAGCUGAAGAAAUGUCAUCCGGAUAUAGCAACAUAUAAAUUCCCACCAAAGAAGACCUUGAGAAAACGAGAUGCAGGGGUAGUGGAGCAGCGCCGCAUCGCACUGCAAGCGUACCUGCGGCACGUCCUGCUGGUCCUACCAGAGCUUCGCGAGUGCACCAGCAGAGCGCAGCUCAUCACGCUCCUGCCUUUCUUCGGAACCUCAUCGACAACGAGAGAAAAUGGAUUUAGUCAGUCUAUAAGCCGGCAGCAGUCUAUUGAUUCUGUUUCAACUUACGAUGCACUAUGAUUAUACUUUUCUAAAAACUAUUUAUACUGAUAGUAUUUGCAUCCAGUACGAAGUAAGGGAACUACAAUUAUUCUACAUACGAUGAAACGGUCGGCAAUAAAAUAGAAUUCAGAAAUUCUGCGAUGUAGUAAUAUGUAAAAAAAGGUGAGAAUUUUAUAAUUUUGUUAUCAAAGUAUAGAAUAGUAAUAAUAAUAAUUAGAAUCUAGGAAAGUUUGAAUCUUAUUUGUAUUAUUAAUAUUAUUUAAAUACCAGAGAAAUGUAUUGCCUCAUCAUUUUAUUUAUUAGUCUGUGAUAUUACAAGCUAGCUUUAUUGUUUAAAACAAAUACUUCCAUAUAUAACAAUGUUCAAGAUACAAAUGACACGAUGUAUUAAUAUGUUAUUGGCUUUGGUUUAAGGUUUUAUAAAACGUAUUUUUUAAUGUAUCAAACAUCUUCACAACGCGGCAACGUCAUAUCACAUUGUAGCCUUUAAAAUUCAUACAAAUAAUAAUACAGUACAUACUACGUAAUUAUAAAACUGUACAAUGAACUAGUUUUAAAAACGUAUUAAGAGUGAAUAUAUUUUAUUUAGAUACAUACCAAAAAUAACAAUUUAUGAAUAUUAUUUACCUACACUAAUAAAUGUACGAACAUCAGUAGGUAAAUAAAUAUAAUUUUAAAUUUAACUGGUUAUUUCAUUUCAAUGCUUAACAUUGCCUUGGAAAACUUCUAGACGAAGACAACAUCACCAACAGCAGGUAGUGUCAUCCACGAAGCGCUCCACCAAGGACGUCGAGGGAAGCGCGGGGUACGGGGAGUUUUUGAUCCGAUCGAGCGUCAGUCGCGAAAUUAUUGAGUGUGCGUGUGCACUCAUGAUGAAUAAACU